GCUGGGUGUGAAGAGAUGCUCUUUGAGCCCGUGAGCUGCACCUACACCUACCUGCUCGCGGACCUGAAGACCAAGGAGGCGGUUCUGAUCGACCCGGUUCUGGAGACGGCCAAACGGGACGUGAAGCUGGUGAAGGAGCUGGGCCUCAACUUACUGUAUGCAGCCAACACCCACUGCCACGCAGACCACAUCACGGGCACCAGGCUGCUGAAGACGAUGCUCCCAGGCUGCCGCAGCGCGAUCUCCCAGGACAGCGGGGCCUUGGCCGACAUCCUCCUCCGCGAGGGCCACGCCCUGGAAUUCGGGGCCUUCGCCCUGGAAGCCCGCUCCACCCCCGGACACACGGACGGCUGCCUGACCUACGUGCUCAGUGACAGGACCAUGGCCUUCACCGGGGACGCCCUGCUGAUCCGGGGCUGCGGCCGCACCGACUUCCAGCAGGGCUCCCCGGAGACCUUGUACCGCUCCGUGCACGAGAAAAUCUUCACGCUCCCCGGAGACUGUCUGAUCUACCCCGCCCACGACUACACGGGCCAGACGGUGUCCACGGUGGAGGAGGAGAGGACCCUGAACCCCCGACUGACCCAGAGCUGCGAGGCCUUUGUCCAGCUGAUGAACAGCUUGAACCUUCCUCAACCCAAACAAAUUGAUAUCGCUGUUCCGGCAAACCUGAAGUGCGGGAUCCAGGAUGUGGAGACUUAGCCCCAUCCUCUUUACUCCAAGGCCACACCCCUCACAACAAGCUCCGCCCACCUCCACAGAGGCCAUGGCCUCUCAUUGACCCGUAAGGCCCUUUGGCUUCGGGGUGGCUGUCCCUGACUCUCACUCCGGUCCCCAUCUUUAAGUGAAAGCUGGGAGCUCCCUCCUCUGGGCCCUCGGCAGGAUUGUGCAUCCAUUAAUGGGGGUGGUUAAGGAUCUUCAACCGUGGCAGGUUCCCUUCCCCCCCAACCCCCCUAUUCCUCUGAUACCCCCAGUCUGGCAUUAGGGAGUCUGCACCUUCCUCUGCAUUGGCUGUCGUGUGGGGGUGUCCCCCUGGCCUCCCCUGGGAAGCAAAGACACCCCUCCUCUUCCCUGAGCCUGCAGUGCUGAUUGCAGGGAACCCCAACACAGGCCAGUGGCCUGCAUUGAGGUGCGAGAGAGACCCUCAACUCUCCAUGCCCUGUGUUUGAAUAGCAGGGUGCCCUGGAGGAACCCCAUUUGGUUCAGUUAGGUCCCUCCCCCACCCUGCAGCUGAAUAGGGCAGAACCCCCACUCCCAGGGGCUCUGGGUUAGUGCUGUUUGCACUAGCUGGACUUUCCUCAUCUCUGCCCCCUGGGUCUCCGGCGAGCCCUGCCCUGGACUCCCUGCUCCGUGGGGGGCGAGGGGAAGGGAAGGGGGCCCUGUCCGGGAGCAGGGCUGAACCUCAGCAGGGUUUGGAAACGAGCUGCUGCCACCACCACCAAGAGAAUAAAAUUCUGUU